AUGCCGAGUCGCACGGCCGUGGGCAUGAGGUCAUGCUCGCGUCAUGGAGGAGCAGUAAACAUCCGGUGGCUGUUAAGAUCAUCAAACGCAGCUCAUCACGGAAAGAAGACAUCAUGCGGGAAAGACGAGUCUUGGAGCUGGCAGCAGAAAGCCCAUUCCUCUGCCACGGCUUUGGUGCUUUUCACACCCAGGGACCUGAAGCCAGCGAACGUGUUGAUGACCAGCGAUGGACACCUGAAGAUCUGCGAUUUCGGCCUCGUCGUGGAGAAGAUCAUCGGAGCAGCCAAAACCAAAGGCGUAGUUGGGACCAGAAAAUAUAUGGCCCCCGAGGUUUUUCAAAAGAAGAAAUAUGGCGCCUCCGCAGACUGGUGGUCGUUUGGAGUCACUCUGUUCCAGAUGCUGGUGGGAAGGGUCCCAGUUACAUCAUCACAGCCCAAGAGGGAGUACCGGGACUGCACCGUUCACAAUGACUUCCCGUACCCAAGCUGGCUGCUAGCAGAUCAGAAAGACAUCCUCAUGAAGCUUCUGCUUAAAGAUCCAGAAUGCCGGCUUGGGACGAAUGGUGAUAUAAGAGUGCAUCCUUUCUUCGGCAUCUUGAACUGGGACCAUUUGGAACAACGCAAAAUCUGGCCCCCAUACCUGCCUCUGGUGGACCCAACUGGAGAUCUUCACCUCAGUUCCCAGGAUAUAUCCUUUUCAUCUGUACAGGGGGCUAAUUGUAACAAAAACAAAAAAAGUUGGGAUUUGCCUGACCUGUCUUUUGUUAGCCCCAAAUGGAGGGAAUAA